AUGGCCCCUAUACAUCGAAUAUUCUCAUCGGCGAAUAAUAAGCCCUAUCGAACUAAGCAACUAGAAGAAGAAAACCCACCGUACUUAAACGAGGAUGGCUACGUCGACUUUGCACCAGGCGACAUUCAAAACCCACAGAAUUGGUCUACUGUUCGGCGCUGGUCUGUCACGUUCUCAGCUGUGUUGCUCGUCCUGAAUGCAACUUUUGCAUCAAGCUCGCCUAGUGGAUGCUUCCCGUCUAUCUCAGAACACUUCCAUGUAUCCGAGUUGGUAGCAGGCUUGACCAUUACCCUGUUUCUACUGGGUUACUGUGCUGGACCGCUUAUCUUCGCACCACUAAGUGAGCUCUACGGAAGAAGAUGGAUCUUCUAUAUCACCUUUACGCUAUAUCUAAUCUUUAACUUUCUGUGUGCCUGGGCACCUAACUUUGGCGCCCUCCUUGUCGGCCGUUUCCUCACUGGAACGUUUGUCUCUGCACCUCUCAGCAAUGCACCUGGCGUACUCGCGGACCUGUGGACCCCGAUCGAGCGCGGAAAUGCCAUGGCAGGAUUUUCUGCCAUGGUAUGGGUUGGGCCAGCAUUAGGGCCUGUUAUUGCCGGGUUCCUCGAGCUGAAGAAGGACUGGCGUUGGAGUUUCUAUGUCCUUCUCUGGCUUGGUGGUGUAACAGCUCUCGUCAUGUUGACUAUUCCCGAGACACAUGCUCCCACAAUUCUCCUUAAGAAGGCUCGAAGAAUACGAAAGGCAAAGAUUCCUGGUUAUGAGAAUGUCAAAGCUCGUUCUGAAGAGGGUGAUCGUACACUGAAAACCGUGUACCGUAUCGCCUUAACCAGACCGUGGAUUAUUCUCUUUGACACCAUAUCCUUUCUCUGCGCAGUAUACAUGUCAGUAGUCUACACGUUGUUAUACAUGCUUUUUAGCAUCUAUCCAAUCGUGUUUCAGCAACGACGUGGCUGGAACCCCGGUGUUGGAGAGCUGCCCUUGAUUGGGACUGUUAUUGGUGCGUUCAUCGGUGGUGGCAUAGUUUUGAUCGAUACGCGAAUUAGAAAGAAGAAGAUUGAGAAUGGGGACAAACAGAUGGAGCCCGAAGACAGACUGCCGUUGGCAAUGAUAGGAGGUGUUGGAUUUGCCGUGACCAUGUUCUGGUUUGCAUGGACGGCUGAGUAUAACUCUAUCCAUUGGAUCGUACCGACGCUGGCGGGAACUUUCCUAGCUACAUCUCUGAUGUUGAUCUUUGUGGCUUUCCUGACGUAUCUCGUUGAUGUUUAUCUCAUGUUCGCGGCAUCUGCUAUUGCUGCAAAUACCAUUGCUCGAUCGGCAUGCGGCGCUGCUGCCCCCUUGUUCACAACCCAAAUGUUCGAUACAUUAGGAGUUGGUGGUGGUGGAAGUCUAAUCGGAGGAGUUGCUACAGUCCUAGCCGUUAUCCCGUUUCUGUUCUACCGAUACGGGAAGCAGAUUAGAAUCAGAAGCAAGUUUGCGCCGACAAAAGAGAAGAGCGAAGCUAGGGAGAAGGAUGAGGAACAGGCCGGCAACAAUGCCACUGCUCGGAGGAACAGUGUUUUAUCUCAUCCAGAUAGGGCGAGUAGCUCGGAUACCACAGUGACCGCCGCAUGA